AUGGGCAUGCUCCUCAUCGCCGUCUUCGUCUUCACGGCGUACGGCACCGACCUGCUCCUCAAGCGCAUACUGCACACGACGCACGAAGAGGCCGCGCUGCUGCGCAAAAUCGACGACCUUGCGGCGGAGGUGCGCGCGCGCCGUGCGUGCCAGGACAGCGUGGACCGCGAAGUCGCGCUCCUCUGCGCGGCGGCGGACGCCGACGCCGCCGAGUUCCGCAAGCUAUGCGAGGACGUCUUGCAGGCGGAUGGACAGCUGGGGCCGGACUGCCCCGCCAACUGCAAGGCGCCCGAGUCGACCAGCGCCGUCAACGCGGCCAACGGCAAGACGCCCGCGUCCGAGGCCGGCAAGAAGAUCAACGGCGAGGGCGCAGCCGAGUCAAGCAUUGCGGCGGACGGGCUCGCCCCCGUGCCGGACAUCAGAGUUGCGUAUAUGAAUGCGCAGUCGGCGCGCCGCUCGCAGAUCCGCCUGGGUGUGGCCGCGGGCCUCGCGGGCGGCAUGCUCCUCGGUUCGCUUCUCGACUGCAUCUAG